GUGCUGCUCCUUGGGUUGUCGAGGUGUAUGAACGUACAAAGUGACAGAGUGUAAAACAAAGCGGACCGGGGCGUUAUGUUCCCUUGUGCCUCGUGAGCCUCCGUUGCCUACGGCGUUCGUUUCGCGCAACCUGCUGGGAGUUGUAGUCCUGAACCCGGGGGUGCCUGGGAGGCGGGAGGGGGGUUGGAGUUUCGGCGCCGAUUCCGCGGGAAGGGCCCAGGGGCCUCACACUUCGAGUCGCGGGAGCCGCUGGUUUUACCGGGAGAGACGCUGCACGUGGAUCCCGCGCCGCUGCUGUUCUCAGCCGGCUCUGGAGUGCGGGCGGGGGCGACAGGGUCGAUUCUGGAGCGGGGCAGAGUUUUUGAAAUACUUCAACCAUGACUAAAAGAGAAGCAGAGGAGCUGAUAGAAAUUGAGAUUGAUGGAACAGAGAAACCAGAGUGCACAGAAGAAAGCAUUGUAGAACAAACCUACACACCAGCCGAAUGUGUAAGCCAGGCCAUAGACAUCAAUGAGCCAAUAGGCAAUUUAAAGAAACUGCUAGAACCAAGACUACAGUGUUCUUUGGAUGCUCAUGAAAUUUGCCUACAAGAUAUCCAGCUGGAUCCAGAACGAAGUUUGUUUGACCAAGGAGUAAAGACAGAUGGAACUGUACAACUUAGUGUACAGGUAAUUUCUUACCAAGGAAUUGAACCAAAGCUCAACAUCCUUGAAAUUGUUAAACCUGCGGAAACAGUUGAAGUAGUUAUUGAUCCAGAUGCCCACCAUGCUGAAGCAGAAGCACAUCUCGUUGAGGAAGCUCAAGUGAUUACCCUUGAUGGCACAAAACACAUUACAACCAUUUCCGAUGAAACCUCGGAACAAGUGACAAGGUGGGCUGCUGCACUGGAAGGUUAUAGGAAAGAGCAAGAACGCCUUGGGAUACCCUAUGAUCCUAUACAGUGGUCUACAGACCAAGUCUUGCACUGGGUAGUUUGGGUAAUGAAGGAAUUCAGCAUGACUGAUAUAGAGCUCAACACACUCAACAUUUCAGGACGAGAAUUAUGUAGUCUCAACCAAGAAGAUUUUUUUCAGCGAGUCCCUCGGGGAGAAAUUCUUUGGAGUCAUCUGGAGCUUCUUCGAAAAUAUGUAUUGGCAAGCCAAGAACAACAGAUGAAUGAGAUAGUUACAAUUGAUCAACCUGUGCAAAUUAUUCCAGCAUCAGUGCAGUCUGCUACACCAACUACCAUUAAAGGUAUAAACAGUAGUGCAAAGGCAGCUAAAGUACAGAGAGCUCCAAGGAUUUCAGGAGAAGAUAGAAGUUCACCUGGGAAUAGAACAGGAAACAAUGGCCAAAUCCAACUCUGGCAGUUUUUGCUAGAACUUCUUACGGACAAGGAUGCUCGAGACUGCAUUUCUUGGGUUGGCGAUGAAGGCGAGUUUAAGCUAAAUCAGCCUGAACUAGUUGCACAAAAAUGGGGACAACGUAAAAAUAAACCUACAAUGAACUAUGAAAAACUCAGUCGUGCAUUAAGGUAUUAUUAUGAUGGGGACAUGAUUUGCAAAGUUCAAGGCAAGAGAUUUGUGUACAAGUUUGUCUGUGACUUGAAGACUCUUAUUGGAUACAGUGCAGCAGAGUUGAACCGUUUGGUCACAGAAUGUGAACAGAAGAAACUUGCAAAGAUGCAGCUCCAUGGUAUUGCCCAGCCAGUCACAGCAGUAGCCCUGGCUACAGCUUCUCUGCAAACAGAAAAGGAUAAUUGAGCCCAGGACCCUCUGGGAGUUCCAGGUCUUUCUUAAAUAUUAGAGCAAAUAUUGCUCUUAUCUUUAUUACUGAAUUUGAAUCUCCUUUUAUUUCUAGACUGUACAAUCUGAUGCAUGAUUUUUUUUAUAAAUAUUUCAUACUCUUGUGAAUUUGGAUCUUUUUACUUUGAGCAUAUAUUUUAGAAUAUGUGUAUGUUAAAGGAUCACCACAAUAGCUUCAGUGCAAAGGCAGGCUCAUUGUGGGAUAGUUCGUUAACAGUCAGGAAAGCUAAACUGGUCAGUAUUAAUGUCUAGCCCUACCAAAAAUAGCCAGUAGCAACUGAGGAUAAAAAGUGAAUGAAGUAUCUCCAGGGAACAGUCUGGCUUACCUAUUUUUGAAAAUGUAACUGUUUCCCCUCUCUGCUGCUUUAGAUGUUGCUUUACAUAGAAUCAGAAAAUCGAAUUUUUACAGCUAAAGCAUGUGUGCCUGUUUCAUCUAAUCAAGCAGAGCUAAAAUAGUCAAAUAAAAUUAUAAUAUUAAUAAAUUACUAAACAAGAGUAUCAAGUUAUUAAAGUAAUUUAUAUAUCUGCAAGGAAAGGACAUAAGAAGUCGACUGGCAGAAGAGCAGUGCUGAAGAAGGAGAUCCAGGUUUAAACCUGGCUUAACUCGAGCCAAUUAUAAGGAUUUUCUGUAUAGAUUAUUCAUAGUGUCAGGCCAAGAAUUUAAAUUAUUUUAAGAGAGGCAUUUAAUUCUAAUAAACCAACUAUUACAAAAAUUCUGAAAUGAUCUCUGUUUUUCCUGUCAGAGAUUUAAAAAACUGUAAAGGUAUACCUCAGCAAGAAAAUUGGUUUGGUUUGGUUUGGCUUCCCUUUUCUUUUUUUUUAAUUACCUUAUAAUGCUGGUUUAUUAUGCAAAGCCCCUUAUAUAGUCGUUGUGUUUCUGAUGAAAUGAAGACUUUAAAUCAGUCAGCAGUACUUUAUACCUUUUAAGACAUUAAUAAAUUACUUACAAAUAGUUUAAAAAGGAAAUUUUGACCUCUAGUACAGGCAGUCUUCUCUUAAAACAAAAUUUUCCAUUUAUUUUUUUUCCUUCUGAAUAUUUAUGUGUAUGAAUAUACAAAUAUCUAUAUACAUGUCCAUUUGACUAUUUCCUAUAUAUACACAUACAUAUAUGAAGACAUAAUAAUAUUGAAAAGGAAGGAUAUUUCAAAAGGUGGUAACUCAUUUUAAAAGUUCUGAAAAAAUUAAUUCUUAUAUAUGUAAAACUCUACUUACUACAAGCUAACACUAAACAGAAAUGGUUAGAAAUGUCUUUUUUCCCUUGCUUGCUCACUUGCUCUUCUUGCUUUCUCUCUUGUUUUGUUGUUUGUGUUAAGGUUUAUGUACAAAUCAUGAUAUGAGAUACCGGCAAAUAGCUUCUAAUCCUCUUAUAGCAGAAGAUUGAUUCUCAAAUAUUACUUUAGGCACCUUCUCCUUCAUCAUUUUCUUUAAAUUCAUCCCUCUAAACAGCUUUAUAAGAGAGUUAAUGCUUUUUACCAACUAGGAGGCAAGGGCCAUCAGGAUACAGACAAGACAGCAUUGUUAACAGUUGCUGCUGUCAGCACUCCUGGUUUGGAAUGAACCAUAGAAGGCGGGGCUCUAAGCAAUGAGGAGAAGAGGGAUCUGUGAUCUCUUCUGAUAACCUCAAAUCAUAAUUUUAAGUGCUGUGCUAUAGAUCUACAAAGUGUAAUGUUGGUUCAUUUAUAUCGGUGUAUUAAGGCCUUUAAGACCCUGCAGUAGAUACAUAAAAAAGAAUAAAAUUCCUAACUUCCAUUUUUACCUUUUUAUAAACACAUACAAAAUAGACUGAAAAAUUAUUAGUAUAACUUGGGCACAGUGAUUGCGAGAAUAUCUGAGUAGAACAGCAAUAUGAAAUAAUAUCCAGGAGCUCUAGUUUCAGAAAACAGCUAAAAAGGUUUUGCACUAUCUGCUUAUGGCCUGGGGAGUUGACAAGUAACUUACAGUUUUAAGAAAUAAAAAAGUAUACUAUUGUGGUAUAUUAUCAAGAGCUUAAAAUUCUUGACUUUUACAUUUAAAAUGCUUUUGGGGAGAUAUUAUGUUAAAGUUUUGGCCAAGGUGGCAGACUGCCUGUAUGUCUCAAUUAUAGGUACAUAUUUUUUUAAGGUAAGGAACACCCACAUUUCUUAUAGAUCCCUAAAAUCAAAAUUUUUUUUUUUUCUUUUAAGCAUUCUUCAGAUGCUUUAAAAUAGAACAUUCCAUUUUCUUUGGCAGUUUUUAUUUCUUAUUAUAAUUUGAACAGAGAUAGUUCUCAUACAUGAUAAGA